AUGCAGAAUGAUCUUGCCCAAAUCCUUAAAAGUAUUGAUUGGGAAAGCAUUCGAGGAGAGAACGAGACAGCUCCUUCUGGCACCCCGUCCAUGUCACCAACAGUACUCAACGAUGGGCCUUUGCCACAUGCUGAAGGUAACGUCUCUGGAAAUGUAGAAGGAGUACGGGAGGGCUCCUCCAUGACUUCUACCGGCAUUUCAGUACAACAGCAACAAAUACCGACGAUGCCAAUGGGACCCACCGGGGGCACGUAUUACAUCAACACGCCAUCAUAUCAGGCGAUUGGCAUGCCCUCUGCUCCAGCUCGCGGUCAGGUUCAGACUCAGCCAAUGAUUAUUGCUCAAUCGGGUGGACAAAUGAUGUACAUGCAGAUGCCAUACUUCCAACAUACGGCGUAUCAACAUAAUCCCUCUCCACAGCAAAUUUAUUCAACCCCACAGAACCCCUACUAUCAUCCUCAGUUUGUACAACUCCCGGUAGAAGGUCAAAUGAUGACCCAAAUGCCUCAGAUUCCUCAACAACAGCAGUACUUUCAACCCUCGGCGCUUCAUACGAUAGGUGUGCCUGCAACUGCAUUUCAACAACAACAACAACAAAAACAACAACAACAACAGCAACAACAGCAACAACAGGAAGUUGUUGAUAAUCAAGGCGGAUUUGUUUGCUUAUUACCAGGAAGCCAACUAGCACAGGGAACGCCAUUUUACUAUUACGGCGUACGGCCAACGAGCCACUAUGUGACCACACAGGCAAAGGAUAAUUUCUUUGAUCUGCCUCCCUACAAUAACUUCUUAUGGCAAAAGAACUCACAGCCUGCGGAUAGGAGUGAACUUGCAGGAAAGAGAGAGGGAAAGGGGAGGUCUCCCAGGGUUCCAACGUGCCCUGUUUGUGGCCAGUCGAACUUUGCUUCUGAGAGCGCAUUUCGUUCUCAUAUGCGCAGGAAGCACGAGGAUACUGGCUCUGCUCUUGCCACAGAGAUAUCGAUGGAGACCUCGAAAAACGUGACGCCUGCUGCUGCGGCCGAUGAGAAGGACAAUGCGGGAUGA